AUGGAAUCGGAUGAAUAUUUGGACUUUUCACCGUAUUUUCGAAUAUACAAGGACGGCCGGAUUGAAAGAUACGUGAAAUUUCCAUACACCCCUCCAUCCAACGAUCCUCAGUCCGGCGUCCGAUCAAAAGAUGUCAAAAUAUCGCCUGAAACUGGCCUUACCGUCCGCAUUUAUGUUCCUUCAACCAUCGCCGCCGAUGAAAAGCUUCCCGUCAUUAUUUACGCCCACGGUGGCGCAUUCGUGAUUGAAUCAGCUUUCUCUCCUCUCUACCAUCCGUAUACGAAUUCACUAUCAGCUGAAGCCAAGGCCAUUGUUAUCUCCAUCGAAUACAGGUUAGCCCCGGAGAACCCAAUCCCGGCAUGUUAUGAUGAUUCUUGGACAGCCUUCAAAUGGGUUGCUAAACACUGUAAUUCUGGAAAUGGGUCUGACCCGUGGAUCAAUUCACAUGCUGAUUUCAGCAGAGUUUUUCUGGCUGGGGACAGUGCCGGAGCUAAUAUUGUUCAUCGAAUCAUGGUUCGAUAUGGUGCUAAUGACGGCGAAUUAGUUGAUAAGAUUACUAUUGUGGGAAUGGUUUUGGUCCACCCAUUCUUUGGUAAUGGUAAGCCAGAUAAACUUUGGACCUACAUAGCUCCGGAAAAUGGCAGCGCGGAUGACCCCUUAUUGAAUCCAAUGGCUCAUCCCAGUUCACUGUCUAGCCUAAAGUGCAGCAGAAUUCUGGUUUGUACUGCUGAGAAAGAUUUCAUAAGAGACAGAAGCUAUAGAUAUUACGAUGCGCUGAAGAGGAGUGGAUGGGGUGGAGAAGUGGAAUUUAAGGAAACAGAAGGAGAAGAACAUUGCUUCUUUUUGGAAAAACCAGAUUGUGAGAAAGCCAAGGUUUUGAUGCAAUGGGUGGUUUCAUUUGUAAACAAAAGAAACAUCAUCAUCAUCAGAAGCAAGUCUUAG